AUGUCUUUUCGAAAACGGAAUAUUGUACUACCCAACAACAGCCAAAAGACCCCGAUCCCGCAACCCAUCAAUGCUGGCAUCGAGGGACAAUUACCGCUUCGCGAAGUCCAUUCGCCCAUCACCACUUCACCUCCCAAGGCGGUCCAGCCCUCUCCAGGUGUUCGUCCAUCUCCUAUAGACGGGCGUGCGACUAUCUCCACCGGAGCCAGCACGCUUGACAAGCUCCUCGCGGGGCACGCCGGGCUGCCUUUAGGAAGCUCCCUUCUACUCGAGGAGUCUGGGACCACCGAUUUCUCCGGCGCACUUCUGCGGUACUUUGCUGCUGAGGGAGUAGUACAGGGACAUCAAGUCCAUGUAGUGGGCGUAGGCGAACAAUGGGGUCGAGAAUUACCCGGACUUGCUGGCGUGGCGGAUGGAAAUCCAGACGCGGAUAUAUCACGUCCAAACUUCCCCUCAGACCGGGGAUUAUCCGACGACGGCUCUUUGAACUCAACCACUUCGCAAGCGGCUUUUUGUCAUAUUUUCGACCUUGCCAAAAGACUGGAGUAUCCUGCAGGAUCGGGAAUCACGUAUAUUCCGACGGUCGUGAAUGCUUCAUCGAGCUCUCCAUUUCACGGUAUACUUGAAGGAAUCGCAACGCAGCUUCGAUCAGACCACACAGGUCGGAUCCAUCGAGUAGUGAUUCCGAACCUUUUAUCUCCAGCACUCUAUCCUCCUCAUGCUUGUGACCCUACCAACCUUCUUCCAUUCUUUCACGGCCUCCGCAGCCUUCUUCGGCAAUUUUCUACCCAACUUUCCGUAAUUAUGACCUUAACAUUGGAUCUUUAUCCACGCUCGACUGGUCUUGUACGUUGGGCUGAGCUCUUGAACGACGGAGUACUUGAGCUUACCCCAUUCCCGCAUUUAAUGGACUCCCUUUCCACAUCGACUGCCACAUCUGGAGGGGCUAAUACGCAUGAACAACCUCCGCAAGGGUUGCUACAUGUUCAUCGGCUCCCAAUCUUUCAUGAGAAAGGAGGCGGUGGUCGCCCAAAUGACGGAGAAGGCGAUCUCGCAUUUACUGUGACAAGAAGAAAAUUUACAAUCAAACCCUUCAGUCUCCCUCCGAUGGACGGUGACACAGAUGCACAGCAAGGGGGUGCGACGGCUGUUGGCGAAGGAGGAAACACAAGCAACACAAAAAUCAAUAUCGACUUUUGA